AUGAUUGCAGGGUUGGCCCAGCAGCUGUCGCAGGAGGAGGAUGGUCAGGACGACACAUUUGAUGUGCUGGUGCCACUCAAACUCAAUGGCAGCUUGACUCCUCUAUUCUGCAUCCACCUCGGUCUUGGUCUCAGCCGGGGCUACUUGGGCCUGUCCAAGCACUUGCACCCAGAGCAGCGUUUGUAUGGUCUGCAGGCACGCGGUAUUGGCGGAAUUGGAAAGAUGGCGGAGACGAUCGAGGAGAUGACACAGGAUUAUAUCGACCAGAUCCGCCACGUUCAGCCUCAUGGACCCUAUCACCUCCUUGGCUGGUCCUUUGGCGGUAACGUGGCUCAUAGCAUGGCGGUGGAGCUUGAGAAGGCGGUUGGACUGAACAACUCCAAGCUCCGUAGUGAAUACGCAACAUCGACCUACAGUGGCGACAUGUUCUUCUUCCGCGCGACGGCCGGUUUCGAUGAUACUGGGGCAGUGGUGGACCCUGAAGAAUGGAUGCCUUAUGUUCAGGGUAACAUUGAGGCUCACGGAGUGGAAUGCGGUCAUAUGGAGAUGGACAAGCCUGGCCCAAUGGCUGACAUCGGUCGCGCUAUAGCUGCGAGGUUUGAGAAGCUGCAGCAGUAA